AGCUAUUUCCACAGUUUAUUGUACUACGCACGAACUCCUGAUCAAUACAUAUAUUGUAAUUAAGAAAAAAAUGGGAGGGAGUUCCGCUGCCAAGGACCAUCCAUGGCAGUACCUUGCGGCGUCUGCGGCUGCUGCRUGGUACGUGGCGCUUGAAACUCAGCUGACUGCUUCUCUGCCUUGGUUUUGCCUCCGUCCAUCUUUUCGAACCAUCAAUCGGAAGUUCCUUCGCUGCUCACGGUGCCGUCUCUUUUGCUUCGCUCUAUUCGUUUGCAGUAUCAACUAUCCGYUAUGGAGAGCGUCGGCUAUGGCGCAGAGCGGGUUUGCCGUCACGGGGGCUACCAGCAUUGGCGGUGGGAGCGGGACAAUUAGCCUCAUCGGAAAUUCGCUCAUGCGGCGUGUUCCCCCGUCGAUCUCACCCUACGUCUACGCUUUUGCACCGCCCUACAAGGGGAUGGUAGGCGUUAUCACUGGUAUGACUUGGGCCCGAGCUGCUAUAUUCUGGGGAUCAGAUUACGGCCGAGAGUUAAUGCAGAAACAAUUCGGGUUGUCGAAGACCGAUUUCUGGGCGACGGUGAUUCCCCCGCUCUUGGUGAGCACCAUGGUGCAGUGCGUCAACCAACCCAUUGUUCGCGCGAGCAUUACGCUGCAAAAUCCAGAAUCAGGACUCCCGAACACAAUGGCAUCGAUUCAACACAUUUACAAAAACCACGGUUUAGGUGGAUUAUGGCACGGGACGAGCGCUGGAAUCUUGAAAACGUAAGUGUACGCCAUGAACUACAAGCGCGCAUACCGUAUGGUUAAAAGAUGUGCAUGAUGUGUAUUAUUGCACCUAUGGAAAUGUUGCAACCAUGUAAAGUGCGGAUGUGAAACGUAUUUUUACUAAUACCUCGUCGUCAUCCCUUGAACGAAUGCAACAACAUGAUACAAUAUAYUACAACAAUCAGAGUGCCGAAAUAUUGUACAGCGGUGUUAGUUAAAGAUGUUAUGGAAGAGCAGCUACCGCGCGUCGAUGAUCCCUCUUCGCCCACCUAUGAUCGCGACCGGCUGUUCCGUUCGGCUGCAAAGAGUGCAACAGCAGGUGUUGCAGGGGCCGCACUCACCAAUCCACUCGAUGUGAUACGGAAUGAAAUGUUCAAGACCAAUGAGUCCCUUGUCGCAACAGUCCGACGAUUAGUUAACGAAACCGGGUACGGAUUUGUCACACGAGGGAUGGCAAAGAAUCUAGUGGCGGUCGCCAUUCCAGUUGGAUGCACAAUUUUCUUUACGGAUGUGUUGAUUCAAUUUUCUUCAAAAAGGAAUAAUUUUGCUACCAACAACACCACGAUGAAGUAUGACGAUGAAAUAGAAUGCCGGCAACAGCGAAGGGGAUGAGGCCUAAAACAACAUUACCUAGACAAAAUAUGAAAAGGAAAUUCCAGGUUCUGCCAACAAAGCGUUCGACAAAGU